AUGAUAAGCUCUCUGAAAAGUAAGAAAAAUACCUUUUUUUUUGUGGUUACUUAGUUUCAAUUUAUCUAAAAAAAGCCAGGUUUGUAUAUGAAAGUAAACAAUUAAGCGAGAAGGAAGGCACAAUAUUCCCUACCAAGCUGCUUGGCAAAAAAAGUUUCCAUAAAAUUUUUUGAUUCAAUUGUGGUAAAAAUCUCAUGCCUUCGGUGGUACAAUGGAUUCAGAAAUAUAUUUGUGUUUUAGUUGGUCAGGUCAGCAUCCUAACUCAUGGAUGUGCAUCUAUGAUAUAGAAACUUGGCCAGGAGAGGAACACCAGCAUGGUGCUAACGAAUAUGGAAAAAGAGUUAGGAUUUUUAGAUUGAUCUCCUCUGUUUUCUAAGAGAGAAUGACAGACACCCUCCCAACAAAAUGGAGGAGAGGCAUCCUUUAGACAAUGUACAAGAGUAAGAAGGGAACCAGUACAAACAUCAAUCCAGAAAAAAAGAAAUCUCUAUUGUACAGGUUUAAAUUGAUCUUUGGAAAUGAUUUCAAAAUAGGUGGAAGGAGAAGAAUGAAUGUAUCUAUAAAUUUUAUUUAGUUUAAUUUUAAAAUAAAUAUUAAAAUCUUAUUUUCCCAAAUAAAAACUUUAUACUUUUGGUUAUAAAAAUAAAUCUAAUUUUUCUUUAACAAAGAUAAAUUUCUUUUUUAUUAAUUUUUUUUACUUUCAAGCUCUGUAGGAUUAAGGUUUGGAAUUUAAAAAAUGGAUUAUCAGAUUAAAUUGGUUUGA